CCGCUUUGCGGCCCGAGUGGCUCCCGGGCUCGCCGGCCCGAGGGGGGCGAUACAGGGCCGCUGGCCGACGCCCUGCCGAGGAUGGAGCAGAUGAUGCAGCGGCAGCCGGAGAGGACGCAGCGGGAGAUCGACGAGGAGGAGGAGAAGAAGAGGCUCAUGCAGGAGGAGAAGAAGAAGUACGACCCUCCCAUCAUCAGACUGGCGCACUCGACGUCCACCCUCGACACCGAG